UCAAUGCGUGACGGUUGCGGAAGCAACUACAGGGAUUACUACUUGUCCAGUUAAGUUGUUUAUGGUUGUAGCAUUGGAUUCUCUAGUGAGCGUUUUAGGAUUUCGGUAUAAUAGCAAAAUGUAGACAUUUUUGCGAUUGUCAGUUGUUGUUUAUUAAUAACGUUCCUGUCCAGCAAUCUCAAAGCUACCACCUUUUUACAUUGGGCAUGCGGUUUCUGGUGGCGUCUUCUGCAACACACGGUUCAGAACAUGACGACCCUUACUAGACAGGAUCUGAACUUUGGACAAGUGGUUGCUGACAUCCUGUGUGAGUUUCUAGAGGUGGCCAUCCACCUCAUCCUCUACGUUAGGGAGGUGUAUCCGUCCGGGAUAUUUCAGAAGAGAAAAAAGUAUAAUGUACCUGUUCAGAUGUCAUGUCAUCCUGAACUAAACCAGUACAUUCAGGACACGCUGCACUGCGUAAAGCCUCUCAUUGAGAAGAAUGAUGCAGAGAAAGUCGUGGUUGUCAUCAUGGACAAAGAGCGCCAUCCGGUGGAGAGGUUUGUGUUUGAAAUCUCACAGCCUCCUCUGCUGUCCGUUAGCUCUGAUAUGUUGCUUUCCCAUGUGGAGCAAUUACUGAGAGCUGUGAUCCUGAAGAUCAGUGUCUGUGAUGCUGUUUUGGACAACAACCCCCCUGGAUGUACGUUCACAGUGCUGGUUCACACCCGGGAGGCUGCCACACGCAAUAUGGAGAAGGUUCAGGUCAUCAAGGAUUUCCCCUGGAUAGUCGCAGACGAGCAGGAGGUGUACAUGCGUGAACCUAGACUCAUACCUCUAAAAACAAUAACAUCAGACAUAGUCAAAAUGCAGUUGUAUGUAGAAGAAAGGGCACACAAGGCACCAUGAGACCAGAACCGCUGGCUCUGAAAAGCUACCGAUUACAUAAGCUGUGAUUCGUCUGAGCUUACAGGCCUCAGGGUUUGACUUGAGGCAAAGUUGGGUUGCACCGUUUUGUUUAUUAUUUUUAAACCAGAACUAACCAUUGGCUGAUGGCGUUCAUCAGAGGAAAUUAAGUAGGUAUGAUGGUUUAUUGAAUUUCAUAUAGCUAAAUUAUGUGUAUUAUAGAUUUUCAUACAUCCUUAUAAGGACCUGUAUGAUCACAGAAAGGCUUCUGAAAAAUACAUGGACAAAAAUUAAUUCUUCAUCAGUGGUUUUUGGUUUCAUGUUUUAUUUCACUUUGAGAUGCAUUGAAUUUUUGUAACCGUCAGAUUUUUAUUCCAUAGAAUUUCUUAACUGCAUAAGUUGCAACUCCUAUAUAACCCUGAUUGUAUGAAAUAUUGCUUAUCGAUUUGUAGGAGUCCAAAUCACAUGGUUUUUGAAAGAUGCUUGUUUUAUUAUUGAGCUUUGAAAUGCAGUGCCAGUGUAGUCUGUUCAUUUGGUGUUGCCUUGUCUCUCUUUCAGAGACUUUUUGUGUGUUUUCCUCAGAGUUUGAGUGAAACUGUAAUUCUCAAUAUAACUGUGUUAUUGAACAGACAAUCUGGCUUUGUUUGAACCUUUAUGCUAUGAUGUUCUCAUGUUAUCCUGUGAAGCUACUAUAUUUUAAAAUGAUGUAAAAUACAUUGUGGGUAUCCUGUGUCGGCCUGGCGUCCCUCCCAGGGGUCCCGGGCCGUGUGCCCUGCGCCUCUCGGGAGGGGCCUGGCUCCCCCUGACCCAGUACUGGGUAGGUCCUCAUCAUGCAUGUUAAUGGGGGUUUUUUCUUUAUCAGGACCAUGUCAUCCAUAGUGGUUCUUAGAAAUGCUUUGAGGGAGAAUUUUGUUAUGCCAAUAAAGGAUACUUGGUGGUUUCGAGA